GAAGGUCUGCUCUUCACACCCUGCGCACACAACUCAUUUUUGCACUGAGAAACACCAACACAGAGCAGUUACUGGCAGACUGCUCCCUGCUCCCAUGGAGGGUAAUCACAGUGGCUUGACUGGAAGCACACAACCAUCUUUGCCAGAAAAACAGACUGAUGGACACAUUUAUGAAGUUGCAGUACAAAGCAACUCUACCAACCACAGCUCCCAGUUUGCAGAUGUGGCCUUGCUGCAGACUUUCAAGCCCCUCAUCAUCCCCUUUUACGUUCUCGUGGUGGUGGUGGGUGUUUUCGGGAAUUACCUCCUUCUUUAUGUCAUCUGCCGAACCCGCAAGAUGCACAACGUCACCAACUUUUUCAUUGGAAAUCUGGCCUUCUCUGACAUGCUCAUGUGUGUGACUUGUGUCCCCUUCACUCUCGCGUACGCAUUCAACCCUCACGGUUGGAUUUUUGGCCGCACCAUGUGUUACCUGGUGUUCCUCAUCCAACCUGUCACAGUGUACGUUUCAGUCUUCACACUCACUGCUAUUGCUGUUGACAGAUAUUAUGCCACAGUUCACCCCCUGAAGAAGAGGACCUCUGUGGCGACCUGUGCCUCUGUCCUCACUGGCAUCUGGCUGCUGUCUUGUGGCUUGGUAGCUCCAGCAGUGACCCACACCUACCAUGUUGAAUUCAAAGAGGAAGGCUUCACUAUCUGUGAGGAGUUCUGGUUGGGUCAGGAGAAAGAAAGACGUGCUUAUGCAUACAGCACCCUGCUCGUCACUUAUAUCCUCCCACUGUCGGCUGUUUUUGUCUCUUAUCUCUGCAUCACUGUCAAACUGAGGAACUGUGUUGCUCCAGGCCACAGGACGCAGGACCAGGCGGGGGCCCAGCAGGCUCGCAAAAGGAAGAUUUUUCGCUUGGUCGCACUGCUGGUGUCUGCCUUUGCGGUGUGUUGGCUUCCUAUUCACGUGUUCAACGUGCUGAGAGACAUUGACAUCCACCUCAUUAACAAGCGCUACUUUUUGCUCAUCCAGCUUCUGUGCCACCUGUGUGCCAUGAGCUCCUCCUGCUGUAACCCCUUCCUCUACGCGUGGCUUCACGACCGCUUCCGCACUGAGCUACGGAAGAUGUUCAAGCGCCAUCAUCGCAUUGGAGUGCCUGCCAAUCACUGUGCUGCUGGUGUGGUAUUGUAAUUAACUAUUGAAGAGCAUCCUCUGUCGUUAAUUUAGAGUAAUUUU